AUGAACGGAACCUCCAGACGUCCCAACUCUUACGAGUUUGUUCCUGAAUACGCGAAUCACGGGCCAUUGCGCCUCCAGCACGCGAAUUAUCACAAACACAAUGGUUCUCUAUCACUCCAACAGCCCACGAGUCUGCAGACUGACGACCACAACUCAACCUCAUCGUUUUAUCAUCACAGCAACGAGAACAUUCAGUACCUCCACGACAAGUCGCUUAUUCCGCUGUCAAUCCAAACGAGCGCCACAGACUACUCGAUUAUGGAAGAUCUAGAGAGAAUACCACUAGACGACCCCAUUCCCCUCCCAAGCGCAACAGAGAGUGUCGCAAGCCAAGUCACUCCAGACCUUGGGUUUACUUCAGAGACUUCUAUGUCCUCGUCAGGUAAUUAUGUGAGAACAAGCUCUAGUUAUUUGGAGGAUUUUGUCACCACAGAACCAUCGUCCGAGGAAUCAGCCCACAUCGACGAUUAUCUCAACCAAUACAUCAAGCUUGAAAUGAUCAGUACGCCCAAUGAACACCGUUCAGAUGGCUUGGGAAUAAAAUCUCCACCGCAGUUUGCCCAAAAGCUGUCGUCUCCGAAAACUAAUUCUCCACUCAUUUUCAAGCAAGAGGUUAUGUCUCCGACGGCCAAAAAAAUAACUACGCCCAAGCUGAAGCCAAAACCAAAAACCCCUCGAGCACCACCGAAGUCUGCUAAUAAAGUGGUUAAAACCCUAUCCACGACACAAAUGGCUACUGCAGCAGCAGCAGCAGCGGUGUCAUCUCAGGCUGCGCCCAAAAGAAAACCAAGCGUCUCGUCGCUGUCGUCUGCAGCUGCGAUAGCCACCACUACAAUGGCUAGAAAUCCAGCUGGAGCCCAGAAUUCGCCAGUUUCCGCAAGAAAACCACUUCCGUCAACUCCUAAAAAAGCAUCAAAAUCACCAAGCCAUUCGAAGCAGAAAACCGGCAGACGGUUUUCGUUCGUGUUUGAGACCGCGCCCAAAAUGCCAGCUAAUAGCUCUUCCGCAUGUUCAAUCUCUUCAAAUUCGACUAUCUCUUCUAAUUUCUCGGCCUCCUCGCCAACUCACAGCAUGGGCUCUCCCACGACCAUCUCGCACCCCGUCAACGCAUCGUCCAAGCCUACAUUCAUUAUCUAUUCGCAACAGCAUCAAUUCAUCCCCGAGACUGUGCCCAACUAUUCUCGUCCUCACUCGCGUCGCAACAGCAUUGCUACCUCUACAUCGUCCGGCGUGACUCCAUUGCAGAGCCCGAUGUCUUCGUCGGUGUCUAAAUUUUCCAAAGCGCCAACAUACUCGUCUUCAGUGUCCUCAGUGUCAAUUUCGAGCACGAAGUACAAGAAAAUGGCCAAAACGUCACAAUCAAAACACGUGAUAGAUACCGAUCUGAAACAUAACUCGGAGUUUCAGAAGUCCAUUACCAAGUUCCCUAAGAACAACGUCGUUCCGUUCGAGCCAAAGAUCUACAAGGACAUGAAACAGGGGCUGAUGGAAUUCCAACUUCAAGUCCCCCCCAAAUAG